GCCACAUUUUGUGUAGCUAUAAACAAUUCCACUAGAGAGUCUAUAAAAAAAAUCUCGGAUAACAUCCACAGCUCCAUCUUCAUUACACAGCAUGGCAUUAGAUUGUGCUAAAAGCUGUGACAUGAUGGAGCAUACCAGCACCAAAAACAAAAACAUUGCCAGUGACACCAAAGAGAGUAUUGCGGAUCCCAAAGUCAAGAACAAUGCCAAAGAGAAUGACAAAGGAAAUGCCAGUGAUGGCAAACUGACCAAUGACACCAAAGAAAAUCCUGGUGAUGCCAUGGAGAGUACUGAUGGAACUCCCAGUGAUGCCAAGGAGAACAAUGAUUCCAGUGGGAAUGCCUGUGAAGCCAAAGAAAAGAGCAGCAAAAGAUAUAAAAAGGGAGGAGAUGGCCAGCUUCCCAGCUCCAGCUCCAGCUCCAGUAGCAGCUCUUCAGAUAGUGAAGAUGAAGGAAAGGCAAGUGUUGAAUAA